CGGAACUGGCUGUUUGAUGUGAGGAUGUGUGUGUGCAGAAGUGUGCGUGUCGAUGCACGUUAAUAAAGGAUUUAAUGACUUCAGUCUGCUGACGCCCUGAACACCACCGAAUGGGCCCUAACAUUCAAGUGCAUCAUGGGCUCCAGGAUAAAAGAAAACCCUGAAAAAACAUUCUACUGGUUCUUUCAAGCUUCAUGCCCAAUUGCCAGAGAUAAAGAUCCUGCCGUGCUGUUUCAGUUCCCUGAAGACUUUAAUGAUGAGGAGUCUCUGAAGUGCUUGCCUCGCUUCUGCUUCCCUUAUGACAUAGAGAGGGUGAAGGACACUGUUGCCGUGCAGCACUUCACAUUCGUCCUGACUGAUCUGGAAGGAUGCCAGCGCUUUGGUUUCUGCAGACUCACGUCCAGCUCUCAGACCUGCUUGUGCAUCCUCAGUUAUUUGCCCUGGUUUGAGGUCUUCUACAAACUUCUGAAUAACCUAGCCGACUACUCAACGAAAGGACAAACCAAGGAGAUGAAAGAGCUGCUCUCGGCCCUCUACAAACACCCCGUGCCUCUGGUCAAUGGCUCCAUCACGCUGCAGAUGGAAGGGAAGCUAAUGAUUGGAAGCCAUAUGUCUGGAAUCUGUGGACACGCCCCUAAAGGGGAGGAGUCGGAGGGGGUGAGUCCCCGAUCUGCAUUAAAACCAGCCGACCGGACUAAACCUUCACUCCAGCUUCUAAUAAAUCCUAAUACUAUCCAUAGUGUCCAAAACUAACCCUGGAUCUCUAACAACGCUUAACUAAAACUUAAUAAAAAAUAUGAACAAAGAAUUCAACCAAAGGAACCUUGAGAUCAGACUCACUCGAAGGCCUCACUUUUAUGGUUUUAAGUUGAUAUUUUCUGGAUUAAUGUUUCCUCCCCAUCAGGUCCCAUACUUCAUCGCACCAGAUCCCAAAGCCCUGCCCUCUAUUCCAGAGAGUGUGAGUUCUAUUCUUUCCAUCCAUUUUUGUUUGUAUCCUCCACCAUGUAUCCUCGGUUCUUAUACACUACUGGU